AUGCUGAGCUCAGAUCUUCCUCGCAUUCUGCUGCUGCUCAUGUCCGUGGAGCUGAGCUGGGGGUCCCUUAGUGAUGAAGACGAGAGGAUGAUUUUGCAGAUGCACAAUCUCUACCGCUCUCGGGUUUCCCCACCUGCUGCAGAUAUGCAGAAGUUGAGCUGGGACCCAGACCUCAGCACCUUUGCCAAGGCCUACGCAGAGAAGUGCAUCUGGGACCACAACAAAGACCGCGGCCGGCGAGGUGAGAACCUCUUUAUCAUGAUGGAGGAGCUGGACCUGCAGCUGGCCAUGGAGGACUGGCACAGCGAGUACCAGUACUACAACCUCACCACCACCAAGUGUGCCACGGGGCGCAUGUGUGGCCACUACACCCAGGUGGUCUGGGCAAACACCCUGCGUAUCGGCUGUGGGGCACACUUUUGUGAGACUGUGGAGGGCAUUGAGGAACGUGACAUGCACCUGCUGGUUUGCAACUACGAGCCCCCUGGUAAUAUAAGGGGACGAAAACCAUACAGGGAAGGAUCCCCCUGUUCUCUGUGUCCCGAGGGCUACAAAUGCAUCAAUUCGAUGUGUGAACCCAGUGUAGACUCAGAAGAGACUACUAUACCCACCAUGACAACAAAGCCUAGCCCAACCACUAUCGCCAAGCUAGCACCUACCACUACCAUUCGAACACGCGCCUCCACCACGUGCCGAGCACGUACCACAACCAAACCAGCACCGACCACAAGAAGCCCAACACCCACCACAGUCCCAAUACCAGCAUCUACUACUACCCCAACACCCACCACAACCCCCAAACCCACCACUGUCACAAAACCAGUACCCACCACAACCACCAAAACCAGUCCAACACCCCCCACAACUAUAAGGUCAACACCCUCCACAAUGGCAAGGCCCAGUCCCACUACAGAAGCUGAGCUGACAGCCUCCAUAGAGCCCACUUUAGACCUGGACAUUGAGACCUCUCCAGAAAUGCAGGUAGACUCUGAAGAGGCAACAGAGGCUCUGCCUUUAGAUCUGGACCUGACCUUCAGCCCUAAUGCCACUCCAGAGGUAAAUGGAGAGAGGAAGGAGGUCUCUUUGAGAGCUGAACAGGCUGUCCCCUCAGAUCCACCUCCAUCCCUUGAGCUAAUUUCUUCAGAAGCUGAUCUAAGCUUGGAAGAGGCCAAGCAGAUUGUAACUACCCUAAAGCCAGUGCCCUCCAACCCUAAGGCGCCUACCCUCCUGCGUUUAAUGUCAUCUUCCAAAGACCUCACUUUCCAGUCCUUGUCAGGUGCCAAGGAGACGGAAGACAUAUCACCAGACCUGACGCACAAAGAUGGGCACCAGCCCAAGACUUCAUCUGCCAGCAACAUCCUGGAGCUCUCUUUUCUAUUACUGGCCAGUUCCCUCCUGAGAGCCCUUCUGCUCUGAAGGUUCAUUCUUAGCGAUCGGUGCUCCGGUCAAGCAAAUUCUCCUUCAUUACUGACUGUCCCACUACACCGCUGGAUACUCGGUGCACCAUUGGCACAAGGGGGAAAGACCUUACUCAGCUAAUGCACUCCAGUCUGAUCCUAGUUAUACUCACAUUCAGGCUCCCUCACCCAAGAGGCCAAAGGCAGUCCUGUGAACCCAUUAUUCCCCAGAUACCAAUGAAAGGGGCAUAGAAGAAAGCUCCCAGCUCAUCUGUGGAAGGGCAGGAAAACUGGACAAAAGAAAGCUAAAUCCCACUGUGUUUCUUCCUCCUUUAUCCCAACCUGAAAUUCCUUAGCUCCUACUGCAGCCUUUGACUGUGAGAUGGGAGCUCCUGAAUACUGGGCAUCUCAUCCUCCAGCCUAGAGUUACUGGGUUUGGAGAGGCCCAUCUCCAAAGUGGAAAUGAUGGGCAAUCCCACAGCUUGGUGGAGCUGGCAGAUCCUCCCCAUCUCAUUCCAUAGGAAAGGCACCGUGUGUAGUGUACAGGAAAAGGUCAAAGGUCCACCGACCCCAGCAGCCCGUCGGGCAAGUGGGGUGAAACCAUUGCUUUCUGCCUGCCUCCCCCAAAGCUGCGGCCGCUGGUGCAGUGGAUAUGCAGGGAGCUCAGCCUGCCUGCUUCCCACCAGUCCAGCUGCAAAGAGCAGCAAGCUACUACACCAACCAGCCUACCUCUGAGGCUGUGCUCUGCCUCCCUGCUCCUCCUGCAGCCAGGCUCUUUGGCUCUGCUCCGUCCAUUGGGUGUCCCUCUCCACGUAUUCCAUAUCCCGUGACUCCUAUUUCUUUUUUUGUGCAUGGAAGAUAGUUCUUCUGUAGUAGAAAAGAGGAAAUGGCUCUUUAUAAAGCUCCCAUCAGCGUUUUCUGCCAUUUGUGGCACGACUUUAGGAUUGUUUCCCUGAAGUGUACGAUGUAUUAAAUUAGAUACAGAUUUUGGUCUAUGAUAUAUUGCCUACAUCAGGGGUGGGCAAGAUGUGGCCUGCAGGCCAGAUGCGGCCCUCCAGGCCAUUUUAUCUGGCCCGCGGGGCCCCUAAAAAUUUUAGAAAAUUAAUAUUUAUCUGCCCCUGGCUGCCUGUCAUGUGGCCCUCGAUGGCUUGCCAAAACUCAGUAAGCGGCCCUCUGCCCAAAAUAACUGCCCGCCCCUGGCCUACACAGUGUAUAUGUAUAUUAGUAUGUAUAGUAUACUCCAAAAUGAAGUGCCUUGGUAGAGUUUGGGCUUUAAGCUCAUUUUAUAGUCCAGGACUCGCUUUCACUCUGUCAUUAGUGUUCGUUAGUUCCUGCCACUGCUGUAUGUAUCUUAAGAUUUUUGGAAAGGUGUUUACUAUAUAGCACAUUUCCCCUCACCCUCAGGUGGUCAAAGGGGAAAGUGCCACCAGGAAUAAAGCAUCCAGCAACUAUUGGGUCCCUUCAUUUUUCUAACAGAUGAGAUAAGGAAUAGCAUUGAAGCCCUUAUUUCCUUCCUUGCAAAUUGCUAGUGCUUUUCCAGUAUGCCUGUGAAGUCUGUCUUACAAUAAAUGCCGUUGUGU